AUGCCGUCAAUUAGCGCAGCAGCCGUCCUCCUGACGUUCGUCCUCCGGGCCCUCUCCGUCGCGGUGCCGAAGGUGGCCCCGGUCGGCGCUAUCCCCGGUCAGUACAUUGUCCGUCUGAAACCCGGACUUCAGGCCUCCGAUAUCCAAAGCCACCUCGACUGGGCCGUCGACGCGCACAGACGCAGCCCCCAGCGACGCGACACCACGGGUCUUGGAAAGUCUUUCAGCAUCGGCCGCUUCAACGCCUACACGGGCAGCUUCGACGAUGACAGCAUCGCCGAGAUAAGUGCUGCCGCUGGCGUGCACUCGGUUGAGCCGAACCGCUUCGUUGAGCCCGAUGUCUUUAUGUCGCAAUCGUCCGCAACAUGGGGCCUCGCAAGUCUGUCCUCUCCAAAUCAGCUGCCAGAUACCAGCAAUGUCUAUUCAUAUGCUUAUGACAGGUCGUCCGGCGCGGGUACUUUCGUGUAUGUUGUCGAUACAGGCGUGCAAAUCUCGCACCCGGAUUUCGCUGGCCGCGCGGUCAAAGGGUACAACGCGCAGCCGGACGAGGAGUUUGACGAUUUUGGCGGACAUGGUACGCAUACGGCGGGCGUUGUGGGAUCUCAGACGUACGGCGUUGUGAAGAGGGCAACAAUCGUAGAUGUCAAGGUUCUUGCGGGUGGUGGCUCAGGCACUGUCGAGAAUGUCCUCGACGGGUAUAACUGGGCCGUCAACAACAUUACUCAGACACCAGGCCGCCUGGGCAAGUCUGUCAUCAGCAUGAGCCUCGGGUUCGCCGUCAGCUCGCGAACAUCGGCGCUAGAGGAUGCAGUGAAGGCUGCGUAUGACCUCGGUGUGGUGACGGUGGUAUCUGCCGGUAACGGGAACCAGGAUGCUGCAGGGCGGUCACCUGCAAGGGCAGAACACGCCUUCACAGUGGCAGCAGCGGACUGGAACAGAAACCGAGCGGGUUUUAGUAAUUACGGGGCUUCGGUUGAGAUAUUUGCGCCUGGAGUUGACAUCAAGUCUCUUGGUCUCGACAACGGAUACGCCACGCGGUCCGGCACGUCCCAAGCUACGCCGUUUGUUGCAGGACUUGUGGCGUACCUGAUGUCCAAAGAAGGCCUUACCACUCCCAAGGCGUUGUUGGACAGAGUGACGGCGCUGGCGAUCAGCGACGUGGUGCAGGACAGCAAAGGCGCUGGAAAUUUGCUCGCGUAUAACGGUCGCCAGGGGGUUAUCGUGGGCACCGCUCGCAGAGCUGUCGGGGUGCCUCUCAGGGUGUGA